CCCCUACUUGUUGAUUUGCAAUCAGAGGAAAGAAAAAAAAGGAAGCUGCCAGAACAUUUACAUUACAAAUCUGUCUAUAAAGCUCUUUUCCCACGUCCUCAUUCUUUUUAUUUAUUUAUUUUUUUCUUAUUUCUACCUCCCCUCCUUGGGUCAAUUGCAUUAUCGAAUAAAAAUAAUAAUAUUAAAAAAAUAAAAAAUAAAAAAAAAUGCCCGCCACGCUGACCGACCUACAACAGUGGAGUGUCCUCCUAGGUAGCGAUCUUCAAUACAAGCCAGAGAAUAGUAGUAGUGAUGCUACAGCUACAGCUACUACUUCUGCUGAUGCUACCAACGAUACCAAGGCCGGUUCACAAUUGAGUGCAGAUACGAGUCCUUUGACUCAAUUGCUCCUUGCCGGAGAAUAUGACCUUGCUCUAAAGUCACCCGUUGCAGCUGAAAUCUUUGGUACAAAUCUUUCAGACGCAGAUCCUGAUGUGAUCGCCCUUGAUACAUCCUUUGAUCUGGCCACAUUCUUGACCAAACGUAUUCAAACCUAUAUCAACAAUUAUUCAUCAUCUACAUCAUCUACAUCAUCUACAUCUACAUCUUCUGCAACCUUGGAUGUUCUCUUUGUCGCCAUUGCGGCCCUUUAUGCCUUUGUUCAGGCUGGUUGGACUGGCCCCGACCUUGGCUUUGAGCCCAUUGAUAUCUUACCCGCUUUACUUCGUCCUGAUCGCAAUAACAGAACCAAAGAUCUGGAUGCUCAAGCGUUAGACAAACUCUCAGUCGGAGGCGAGACCACCUAUCAUCUCUCCCGUCAAAUCUUGUUUUUGUAUACGUCCAGAAUCAUUCUGGUCGAUAAUUUGGAUCUUCUUAAACGAGAUCCUGAAGUCGCCAAGACCGCUCCUUGGUGGGCCCUCCGAACUUUGUUUCUGCAGCAGAGAACUCUGGAAGGGCCCACAGGUGUACUCCAGUCCCAGAUGUUGGCCUUGGCAAACGAGAUCGAAACUGCUGUGAUGACUGAGGUUGAGCGUGAGGAUGGACCUUUGGAAGCCAUUGACAAGAAAGAAGCUCAAACGCGAUUCUGGAUCGAGAAGGGUUUGGUCCUGCAUUAUUACACAGAUGACACCAAGGCCUAUGAGACCUUCCAAAAGGCUCAAUCCACCUCUGGCUUCCGCUUCAAGGUCACGGGCGCAUUGGGCAAACGGACCAAAUUCCAAACGUACGAUACUUCUCAACUCGUGGUCGUUGCAGAGAGUAGUCAAGAUAUGGCCAGUGCUCGUCCUACUGCUUAUAAAUCCAAUGCAGGUGGAAAUUCAGAAACAACAUCUUCAUCGGGCACAGGGACAGGGACAGGGACAGGGACAGGGACAGGGACAGGAACAGAGGGAGCAAAUGGAACAGAAGUCUCAACACCCACACCCACAUCCACGUCCACAUCCACAGGAAGAGGAGGUCCCAGAAACCUUGAACAUAACGAUGACACCAUCCUAGAAAAGAUCCAGUUCACAGAACUGACGGAAGAACAACGCGCCAACCUGGGUGAUCUGGAAUUAGACCCUUCCAAAAAAAUCGAAGACCUUCACCCAAUCGAUCACGCUCUCUUGUUAGCAUUCUGCCUCAACAUCAAAAACACCAAUCCAGCUCAUGGUCUCACGGUCGAACAAAUGUUCCCCUUUGUCACCCGAGUGCUCGAGACCCCCAAUAACUGGACAGUCUACACAAUGGCUCUUUUGCUCCGUUCACGUCUCGAAUCCGACAAGUCCAGAACAGUCGAACGUGGUACGUUGCAGCUGCAGGCUCUAGUGGAUCAAACCAAGAUUGAAGAUGAAACCUCAACCACCCAAGAAAGGAUGCAUCAUUUCUUUUCAGUCUUGUUGCCUUCCAAAUGGGAACUCGAAAAGGAAUUGGCAGAACAAUACAUGAAGCUGGGCGUUAUCCGUUCGGCUCUCGAGAUCUUUGAACGACUCGAGCUUUGGGAGGAUGUGAUUGCCUGUCAUCAAUUCUUGGACCAGACUGCAAAAGCCAAGGCGCUCUGUCAUGAAUUAUUACAACAGAAUCCCAAGAGUCCCAAAUUGCUCUGUAUCCUUGGUGAUCUGGAUCAAGAUCCUGAAAAGUAUAAGGAAUCUUGGGAGGCCUCAGGUCAGCGUUUCGCGCGUGCUCAACGAUCAUUAGGAUCCUAUUAUUAUAAACGUCAAGAGUUUGCGCCUGCCAAGGUAGCGUUUCAGCAAGCACUCAAGAUCAACCCUCUUUUUGAGAACUCUUGGUUUAUCCUGGGCUGUAUCUGUAUGCAACUUGAGGAUUUCUCAGUCGCGAUCGAGGCCUUUACCAGGGUCGUCUCAUUGGAUCCCAACAACGGAGAGGCCUGGAAUAACUUGGCAGCGAUUCAUAUGCGUGAGAACAAUAAUGUGGAUGCUCACCAUGCUUUGCGACAGGCUCUGAAGGAGAAGCGAGAGUCUUGGAAGAUCUGGUCGAAUUACAUGUACUGCUCCAUCGACAUUGGUGAUUUCACAGAAGCUAUCCGGGCCAUGGGUAUGGUGGUCGAAAUACGUUACAAGCAAGUGAAAAGGGAAAGCGACAAGAGGAAAAACAGCGGUACCAACAGCAACAGCACUGGCGAAGCCGAUGACGAAGCGGCUCAAGAGAUUGUUGAUAUCAUGGUCUUGGACAGGAUCGUUCAGGGUCUAACCCGGGACCUCAAGGAUCUUUAUUCCAAACGAGUUGCGUUCCAAGAGUCCAAGAUCGAAGAGCUCUUGCUCGGCAUCACCAACCGAAUCUCGAAUGACCCUCGGAUCUGGAAGAUCUGUGGGAAAUUCUACUUUUGGCAAAAGAACUAUCCAGAAUGUUUAGAAUCCCAUCUCAAGGCCUAUCGUUCCGUCACCCUGAGCUCCAAGAUCGAGACUGAUCAGGCCGAGUUUGAGAAGGCAGUGGAGGCAGCGAUUGAGAUGGUGGAUUGGUAUCGUAACCUGGGUCCUUUGACCUAUAAGGAUUCACAGGGUCAGGAGCAGAUCGUAGCCAAGGAUUGGGCCUACCGUGCGAAACAGAUGAUCAAGAGCCUGAUGGGCAGGACAAGGGAUUCUUGGGAAGACCAACCAGCGUUUGAGAAGUUGAAGGAUACCUUGGAGGGCCUCAAAACCGAGAAGUAAAAUGAAGUACAACAGAAACAGAAACUUUUUUUUUUUUUUCUUUUUCUUUUUUUU